AUGCCUCGAAAGAGAAAACUACCAGUGGGGCGCCCUAGAAAAUAUCCUGUCGUCAAAAAGCCAGUACCCAAUAAAGAAGUUCAAUCCAAAAGACAAACAUGGGCAAGAGUAUUCAAUUUACCUUUUGAAAUCGUGAGUCUAAUAUUCAAAUAUGCUGGACCACUUGACUACUGGGCUUACAGAGUUCUCAGAGAAUUUGAGAGAUUUAGAAUAUGCUUAGACCCUGUUUACUUUGUCCAGACAAAUGUACCUUCAAGUUGCCAAUUGUUUAGGAUACCGUUAGAUCAAGAAGAGGAAAACCACACAUUUAAAAAAUUCAAUGAUUUUGUCAGGAAUAUCAAAAAGCACGGAAAGGCCUUCAAAUAUUGUGAUUAUAGACAUGUGUUCAUUGAAAUGGAGGUAAAUGACUAUAAUACUGCAGAAACACUUCACAGAAUACUUGAUUAUUUGAAAUCUGAACAUAUUGAAUGUUCAUUAUUUAUUAAAUCUACUGGACUGCCAGAGCUUUCAUAUUCCAGAAACUUCUUUCCUUGGAGAUUUGCAGAAGAGCUAAAAAUGGAAGUGCUACUAUAUGGACAAUCACAACUUAUUUUGGAUCCAGGAUUAGCUAAAAUCAUAGGUAAUUGGGUAUUUGAAAGUUAUCCAUUAACCAAAAGGUACAAGUUUUUAGAGUAUCCAGCUGGGCUUGAAAUUGAUGAUGCUUCAAUUGGAUCAUUAUCCGAACUUUUAAUGAAUCAAAAAAAUGUUGUUUAUAAAAAAAGUGUUCAGAAUUUGAAAACACUCAAAGUGGUUGAGGGUUAUGACUUUUUCAGGAGAUGCGAUGGCUGUAUUUUCAAAAAUCUAGAAAUUUUGAAUCUAUAUGCGUGUUAUAGCAGAAGAGGAAACUUCAAUUUGAAUAAAGUUUCUUUCCCUAAGUUGAAGCGUCUUAUAUUGAAACAAUGUGACUUGGGGAAAAUCACAGAUAGCUCAUUUCCUGAAUUAAAAGCGCUCAUUAUAAACGAAGACUUGGACUUUCAAAGGGGAAAGGAAAAGAUAAAUCAUCCGUUUCGACUGAUUAUUCUCAAUAAUGACUUUUCAAGUUUGGAAACGCUAGAAAUUAGAUCGUUAAGAAUUGGUCAAAUCUUUGGAAAUACUUAUAAGGAAAGCAUGAGGUUGCUAAACAUUGAUUCUAUGCUUUCUGAUGAAGGUACAUUUGGUGAUAUACCCGAUUUGGUUUCUAGAUGUGAAUCAUUUGUCCUUGAUGCAUCCAAUAUGACACAGGAUGUAAUUACUGAUUUAUUCAAUGACUUUUACAACGUGAAAAAACUCAAAAAAAUGAAAAUCAUUGAUACACUUUCUGAUAAUCUGGACUACCUAUCAAAAAAGACAUUUCCCAGUUUGGAAUUUCUAGACCUAUCGUUGAACAAACCAGAAAUUACAGAGCUACCCAAGCUAAAAAUGCCGUCUUUGAAGGUCUUGGUUUUGCUUGAUUCGUUUGUGGAGAUUGUAAACACACAAGAGCUAAUAUCCCUAGAGGUCAUCAUGUUCAGUAGUUCUAAAAGGGAAACUGAAAGAACUAGAUACCGUGACAAUUUUGGAGACUCGUGGUUUAAUAGAGAAAACUAUAUGUACCUGAUAGACUUGAGAAAAGUUCCUGAUUUCUCUAGAACUUUCAACAUUGAUUUAAGAUUUCACAAAGCUAAAGAAUAUUCAGAUUCAGAGCAUCCACCAUCUUAUGAAAAUAUGUUGAUCAAAACCUUUUUAUAA